CAAUAGUGUGGAAUGUGGUGGAAAACGAAAGGUGGCGGUGUGUGACUGUGUGGUUGAUUCGCGAAAUUUUCAUACACGCAUCGCGUUCGUGCCUUGACCGACGAUCUGUCAGUUUGCAGUCAGUUGUUCGUUCCGACGGUAAGCGCAGUGCGCGGUUGCUCGCGGUGUUCGAGAAUAAAAGUCAUUGUUCUAUCAGUUUCGCCUUGAUAUUUUUUUUUGUUUUUGUACGUUUCAAUGUGAGGUGAUUUCUUUUGUUGAAGCAAAUUUACAUGGCUCUCCGGUGAUCGUGGCAAGAAUUACUUAAUAAUCCCAAUCCUACGUAUCUUCUGCGUUGCGUUGAGUGAUUUUUUUUAUUCUCCGCGAGUGCGUUUUCGCCAAAUCCGAGACGUCCUUCACGCGCGUGCAAGUGUGUGGGGGUUUCUCUUCUGGUUGCUGUCUGUUCGUCCACCCAGAAUCAGCGGAGUUUUCAAAGAUCGGACGAAUUCCGUCAACAGGGCUGGAAACUGCGGAUAAGUACGGGUGAUUGAUAUCUUUUAUGACCUGGUGUGGUGCUGGUGAUGGUGUACCAAAUCAAACCGACGACGACGGUGGAACGUUUGGCAAUUUCGUGCUGGGCAGAUUUGGGAAGCGACAAGAAAAUAAUAAGCCAUCAUUAUCUCUGGUAGAAGCGGAGCAGCAGAAAAACAUAAAAGAGUUACAAAAAGUUGCGAUUCUGUGUGCGACGGCGCUGGGUGCUAAGUCUGAGCUACUCGCAGUGGUGUGUUAGUGGUUGGAUUUGUGUACUCCGAUCAAUACGAAUAAGAAGGCAUAAACAACAAGUGCUGGCAGUUUGGUGGAUUUUCUUGGAAUUUUACUUCGGCCUUGGAAAUGAAAUGAUGGACGGGAGCAGCUUUAAUUGAACAUAGUGUGGCUCACCAAAUCACACCACUGCUAAACGUUGAGGCAUCACGCGAUCGAAACGAGCGUGCCCGCCCGUUCACCAACUUCCCCGCACGGUGCUGAGCCGUACGAGGAUGGCCGAUUAUGGCGACUAAUCCUUCCAAGAAGCCGCCAGAGAAUGACACCUUCGUUACCGGAUAUCCGGAACCCAGCUUAUCAGGUUCGACCAACCUGCUGAAGCAACGGCGCUCGACCUGUUCCUGCUCGAACAUUGCAAUUAUGCAAUUGUUCCACGAGAUGAAGCAGAAGUUUCCUACCGUGCCGGACCAUAUCGUGUCGGACCUGGUGACGGCCAACUGCCACAACCGACCGGCGUGUAUCGACAGCUUGGAGAAAGCCGUGCUGGGCUCUCCAGCAGCUGCCCAGGCCUACCCAUCGCAGUCGAUACACAAUACCAGCUUGAAGCGGCGUAUCAAUGAACGGAAGCUGCAUAAACUGGAGAGCAGCCUCAGCGGUGGCAGCAGUGGGAGCAGCAGUCGGGAGAGCAGCGUUGAUAAAUCGUCUAAAUGUGUGGGAGAUGCGACCGGUGGCUAUAGCAUCAACAAUAAUAACCGAAUACCGAAUAACACAACGACAACCGGAGGCAGUACUGAUGAUCUAUCACGUGACGGUGGUAGUGUAAAUAAUUCUGCUGAUAACCACUCGAUGAUACCGACGUUUGAUAGCAACAACAAUCGUGUCGCGCCAAGUCGACCCACUACAUUGCCAUUCAAUGGGCCUCGACCGACGCGAGUGGCACCAUUACCGCCCAUUAGUGCAUCUCAGACUGCAAAUUCGGAUUUAGGCGAAACUAUUAACGUGCAGUUAAACGUGACCGUUUCACCAGUAGCCGGUAGAAGUCCCCUAGGGCAGAGGCACACAUCAACCCUGCAGCUGCAACCGGAACCACCUUUUUCGCGUGAGUUAGCUCAAGCUUCUAGUAGAUUUAAUACACCGGGCCCUCAAACACCGGGAUCUAAUAGUCGAAGUUCGACUUCGGUCAACCUAACGCUACGACAACCAAGCGAGGGCCCACAAUCACCCAUCCACAUUCACGCUAGUCCCCUCAAGUAUACGGCCAAAGGCUUCAACGCCCAGUCCGGGAUCCAAAGCAAAUUAGAAAUUACGUUUCAAGACGGUUUCGGGUCGAUCAGUGCCAUGCGAACGAAUGUCCCCGGGUUCGAUCCUCCCAUCGUCGGAAACAGCUACAAUAGUAAUAGUAGUGGUAGCAGUGGUGCAAGCAUACCACAACGUGGGCAGUUGCAGGAGAACCCAUACCGAGAACAGCAGCAGAUGGUGGCGGGAGUGACAGUGAACGCCGGUGCUCAAGUGACAUCGGCACAUAACGAGAGCGAUGGACUUACCAAAGAGCAGCUUCGUCAGAACUACCUGACAGAGGUUGCCAUUACACAUCAACUAGACCAGAAAAAUCGACUGAGCAUAGAAGUAGAACGAUAUCGGCAACAGCUGAGAUCGAUAAGACGUGAAAUAGAUGUUUUUCAACGGCCGCUCUCGCCCCUCAUCGCUGAAGAUCUCCACCGGGAGGUUCAACUUCUACGCCAAGAAGCAGACCUCAUGCAAAAGGAAGUCGACUCAGCUGAACUGACAACGGGUACUGCCUCCAUUGCGGACGGCCUGCAUGUACCUAGUAUCGAAGGAUCUCCAAUCCUAACUGCCGGCCCAAUAGCAAAUCGUCCGCCACGUCCUCCGCGGCCACCUCCUCCUAGAAUGCAGCCAAAUAGUCUACAGCAUCCACCUUCAGCCACGGUGACAGCUUCCUCAUCGUAUACGAUUGAAGGCCGAUCGCUGUCGGCUCCAUCCGGAAGCUCUAGCCUUCCUGUCGGCGGCAGCAGUGGCGACCCAAGCACCGAAGAACAAUGGACUUGCAGCCUUUGUACAUUCCAGAACCACGAACUCAUGACUACAUGUGAAGUGUGUUCGUUACCUAAAGUGUCCGGUAGACUAUCGUCCCAGAAUUCCGUUCCAGCAGCUUCAUCACAUCCCUCAUCGCUAUCUCCGACGACACCAUCUUCCUCAUCGUCACCGUCAUCGUUGCGGCCUUCCGUAGUAACCGCUUCAACGCCGCUAGUGGCAGCUUCGACACCGGUCGCGGCCACCGUUUUGCUACAGUCUUCCUCCGCUUCCUCCUCGGCUGCCUCGUCGGUGGCCUCCACACCGAUAUCGCAACCAACGAUUCAGAAUGCUCCUUAUCAAAAAUCGUCCAUCGAGUGCUGAUCGAGUUUGAGCCGAGCGGGGGCAGAUGGGGAGUGAAGCGUAGGAAAACUAUCCCUAACUCACACUAGUAGUUGUUUUAAUUCGGCACUGCUUAACUACCAGGAGAUAGAAGUGUAACGAAUGUACUUCUAUAGCAGAAAACCGUUUGACAUGAACUAAUUUAUUCUCCUUAAAAAAAACUGAAACUUGAUCUAAGAAGUUGCUGAACAAAGGCUCGAUUGACGACUCGAGGAGCAGAUUAUCAGAUGCACCCAGUGGGGAAGAUGUUCCGUGCCUUGCUCGUGUUAUAGUGAAAAUAGAUGUAGGAGCGCAGUUUGUAUUGCUUAUAGCCUAUUUAUAAGAUUUCUAACAAACUUUUGAAGCCGUACUAUGUUCUGCAACCAUUUUAACACAUUGUUUGAAGAGUGAUUGAGUGUGAACGAAAAUGCGUUUUAAUGCAUGGAUUUUAAGAAAUGCAACGCAAUUGUGAUAAGACGAAAGCUGUUAUGCGCCUAACUAUUCGGGGAAAGUGUACCUUAAAAUGAAACUUAAAUGUAUUAAGUAUCACUAGUUCUUUGGAUAAAUGAUUAUGAACGUGAAUGUUUAUGUAAAACAAAAAAAAAGUUAUCGCAUCCCGAACAUAAUUGAAUUAUUGGCAGAACAGAACUUCAGCAAUCAGUCGUUUUCAAGUGAAGGUACGUAAAAUAAUCCAAAUACUUUCAAAUAAACAAAGAAUACUAUCUCCGAUUUUCGUAUUUUCUAAAA